AUGCCAGAGGUAUGCAUUCCACGAGUUCUUUCAGAAAGUGGUCCUUCUGCAGCUGAUGUCGGCGAAAGAAAGAAAGAAAGAAAGAAAGAAAGAAAGAAAGAAAGAAAGAAAGAAAGAAAGAAAGAAAGAAAGAAAGAAAGAAAGAAAUCUAUAGUACCUUCCAUGCUUGAAAAGAAAAUAUUAGAAGCCUGA